CGGUCGGUCGACGCGCGUGUGUGUGUUCGGCGCUGGGCGGAGGGGGAAGCGACGAGGCAGGCAGCCAUGGCGGUCGGUCGUCGCAGGUGAAGGCUCCGAGAUCACACUCGCCGUCAUGCGGCUGGCGGGCGCGGCGCUCCUGCUAGGCGCCGCCUCCCUGGCCGCCGCCUUCGUGCUCGAAGGUUCGCAGACGUCGUACGCGCAGUUCCGCAAGUGGAACGCCGGUCUGAACGGCACCUUGGAGCUGGAGUUCAAGACGGAGCAGCCCAACGGGCUGCUCCUGUACACGGACGACGGCGGCACCUACGACUUCUUCGAGAUCAAGCUGGUGGAAGGAGCCCUGAGGCUGCGGUACAACCUCGGAGGCGGCGCGCAGAUCCUGACGGUGGGACGCGACCUCAACGACGGCCACUGGCACAAGGUGAAGGUUCAGCGGCUCCGGGAGCUCACCACGUUGAGCGUGGACGGCGCGGUCCAGACGAGGGCCUCGCGCGGCAAGGAGUUCCAGUUCGGCCGGCUCGCGACCAACUCGGACGUGUUCGUGGGCGGCAUGCCGGCGUGGUACAACACCAAGCUCACCCUGCUCGCGCUGCCCAGCGUCAUCUUCGAGCCGCGCUUCGGCGGCGCCGUGCGCAACCUCGUGUACGCCGACGACGAGACGGCGGCGCCGCGACGCCAGGAGAUGGUCAUGAAGGACUUCAAGUGCGGUGCCUUCCACUGCGUGAACACCGUAGUGAGGGGCAAGACGGUGCGGGGUAUCCGCGGCAACGCGACGGACGCCUGCGAGGACCACGACCCCUGCCAGCACGGCGGCAUCUGCAUCUCCACGGACAGCGGGCCCAUCUGCGAGUGCCGCAACGUCGACUUCGAGGGCAUCUUCUGCGAGAAGGACAAGGCGCCCUCCGAAGCCACCUUCAGGGGAGUGGAGUUCCUGUCCUACGACCUGAGCCGCACGGGCGGCGAGCCCAUCGUCAGCGCGCAGGACGCCAUCUCGCUCGCCUUCAAGACUCGCCAGCACAGCGGCCUGCUCUUCUACACGGGCGACGAGCUGGACUACCUGAACAUCGCCCUGAGGGACGGAGGGCUGUCCGUGUCCAUGAACCUGGGCAACGGCAAGCUGGAGAUGAGCAUCAAGCCCAACCGGGUGCGCUUCGACGACAACCAGUGGCACAAGGUCACCGUGCACCGCAAGGUGCAGGAGAUCUCAGCAGUGACCAGCUUCUGUAGGCUCUCGGCGGUGGUGGACGGGGUCUACUCGGAGCACUCGCACGUCGCCGGCACCUUCAACAUGCUGUCCUCGAGCCGCGUCUACGUGGCGGGGAGCUACAACACCCACGCCCUGCCCGGCUCCAAGGUGCACAGCAACUUCGUGGGGUGUCUGCGCAAGGUGGAGUUCACGGCAGACACGCUGAAGCUGAACCUGAUCGAACUGGGCCGCGCCGGCAGCAAGCUCAUCACCGUGGCGGGCCACGUGGACUUCAUGUGCCAGGAGGUGGAGGCCGCCGACCCGGUCACCUUCACCACGCGCGACUCCAACCUGGUGCUGCCGUCUCUUGGAUCCACUAAAACCAGCGCCAUCUCCUUCAAGAUCCGCACGGUUGAACCCAACGGCCUGCUCAUGUACAGCAGCGGCGCCAGCACGUCUCACGCGGACCUGUUCGCGCUGGAGCUGCUGGCCGGCCACAUGUACCUGCACCUGGACCUGGGCUCAGGGGGCGUGCGGGUGAAGGCGACCACCAGGAGGGUGGACGACGGCCUGUGGCACGAGGUGACGCUGCGGCGCGGUGGCAAGGAGGGCCGCGUCACCGUGGAUGGCGCCGCCGCAGACUUCAGCACCCCAGGGGACUCGAACCAGCUGGACCUGGAGGGUCCACUGCACAUCGGCGGGCUGGGGCCCCCCACUGCGGCGCUGAGCGUGCCCCCGGUGGUGUGGGCGGGAGUGCUGCGCUACGGCUACGUCGGCUGCAUGCGCGACCUCGUCAUCAACGAGAACGCCGUCGACAUCGCCGGCUACGCCCGCCAGCAGGACUACGGCGCCAUCAGACCCGCGUGCCACGAGCAGGGCCCGCAGUGCGACUCGCAGCCCUGCAUGAACGGCGGGCUGUGCUCGGAGGGCUGGAACCGGUUCAUCUGCGACUGCUCGGCCACGGGCUUCACCGGGCCCACGUGCGGCAAAGACGCGGCCACGCUGACCUUCAACGGCUCGCAGUACAUGCUGGUGUCGAUGGCCGAGGAGACGCGCACGCAGACCGAGGACGUGACCCUGAGGUUCCAGACCACGCGGCCCAUGGGGCUGCUGCUGGCCACCAGCACCGAGCAGUCGGCGGACCGCCUGGAGCUGGCCGUGGCCGGCGGCCGGGUGCGCCUCGCCAUCCGCGUCGGCGAGAAGGAGAAGGUGAUUCUGGCCGGCCAGGGGUUGAACGACAACCAGUGGCACACGCUCAAGUUCUCGAGGCGAGGCCCCAACUUGAAACUGCAGGUGGAUGACGAUACACCAAUCAGAGCGGACGCGGCCCUGGGCAAGCAGAACACCCUGGAGUUCCGCUCCGUGCACGUGGGCGGCAUGGCGCGCGCCGACGGCCGCCCCCAGCCCGCCUCCACGCUGCACGACCUGGUGGGCUCCGUGCAGCAGCUGACCUUCAACGGCGUGCCCUACCUGGAGGUGGCGCGCUCCUCGGGCGGGGGCCGCCAGGCGUCGCCGCAGCUGCGCGUCACCGCCAAGUUCGGCAGGCGCGAGCACCAGCUGGUGCACCACCCGGUCACCUUCCGCUCCAAGCGCACCUUCGUGGGGCUGCCCGUGCUCAAGGCCUACUCCGCCACCAACAUCUACUUCCAGUUCAAGACGCGCGAGGCGUCGGGCCUGCUGCUGUACAACUCCGGCCGCGGCCAGGACUUCAUCGCCUUGGAGCUGGUGAGCGGCCACCUGCACUACAUCUUCAACCUGGGCGACGGGCCGGUGAGGGUGCGCGACAACGCGCGCGCCAGCCUCAACGACAACCGCUGGCACGCCGUGACGGUGGGGCGGCCCAGCGCCAAGCAGCACUCGCUCAUGGUGGACGACAAUUUCGCCAUCGUCACCAGCCUGGGCACCAACGAGAACCUCGACCUGGCGGGCAUCCUGUACCUGGGAGGCGUGAGGAAGGACAUGUACGCGACGCUGCCCAAGCAGAUCCAGGCCAAACACGGCUUCGAGGGCUGCCUCGCCAGCCUCGACCUGAACGGGGAGUCGCCCAACAUCGCGGUGGACGCCGUGGUGCCCAGCUCGCAGGUCACGGCCGGCUGCGAAGGCCCCAGCACCAAGUGCAGUCGCAACGUGUGCGCCAACCGCGGAGUCUGCGUGCAGCAGUGGAACUCGUACGCCUGUGACUGCGACAUGACGUCAUACACCGGCCCCACCUGCUCCGACGAGUCCGUGGCGUACGAGUUCGGGCCGGGCCGCGGGCUGGUCACGUACGUGUUCCCCGAGGACCGGCGGCCCGAGAUGAAGAGCGACGUGCUGGCGCUGGGCUUCGUCACCGCGCAGGAGGACGCAGUGCUGCUGCGCGUGGACAGCGGCACCUCGCACGACUACAUGGAGCUGGAGAUAGUGGAGGGCAACAUCUUCAUGGUGUACAACAUGGGCACCAACGACCACCCGAUCGGCGAGAUAAGCGUGAAGGUGAACGACAACGCCUACCACGUGGUCAGGUUCACGCGGUCGGGGGCCAACUCCACCAUCCAGGUGGACGACUACAACGUGCAGACCAACCACCCCACAGGCCACCAGCUGACGGUGUUCAACAGCCAGGCGCAGGUCCAGGUGGGCGGCAAGUGGAACCGCGCCAAGCAGCGCGCGGAGCGCUCCUUCGCCGGCGUGGUGGCGGGCGUGUCCUUCAACGGCCUGCGCCUGCUGGACCUGGCCGCGGAGAAGGACCCGCACACCAGCGUCAAGGGCGACGCGCGCCUCAUGAGCGGCCUGGCCGACCGCCAGUUCGAGCCCCUGCAGCGCAUGCAGCAGACUCCACCCAAUGGCUACGUGGUACCCUCAGACGACCUGGUGUACUCUGGAGCGGGGUCUGGCUGCAAUACAGAUGACGAGGACGAGUGUACCCCGCUGUUUGAGAGUGGAUCAGGGGACGACCUGAUCACGCCGGUGUUCGUGCCGCCCACGCGGCCGCCCACCACCACGUCCCGGGGCAGGCCGGGCGCCCGGCCAGGCGGCAAGGACUGCGACGACGAGGAGGACGACUGCUUCAACGGCGGCUCGGGGUCAGGUGAGGUCACCACGGAGGACCGCCCCGGCGCCGGCAGCAAGGAGCCACCGUCUACCGUGGCGAGCACAGACGGCGCGGGAGGCACGGACUCCAGCAGCACCUCCGAGGUGCCGACGGGCACGGUGCCAGAGGGAAGCAGCGAGCCCAGCAGCAGCGAGGGCAGCAGCAGCAGCAGCAGCAGCGAGACGAGCACCAAGACGACCUCCACCAGCAGUGCCGGUCCCGCCCCCGGCACGGAGCCUCCCCCGCCCCCGCAGCCCCAGCCGCCCCUCCCCAACCCGCGGCCGCCGAGCCGCGCCAAGCCGCGCGACCGCAUCUCCUCUGAGGCGGCCGAGAACACGGCCCUCAUCAUCGGCAUCAUCGCCGGCGCGCUCAUAGCCAUCGUGCUCAUCAUCCUCAUCAUCCUCAAGUUCAAGAACCGCUCGGAGGGCUCGUACAAGGUGGACGAGGGCAAGAACUACCGCCACGCGGCGGGGCCCGACGCCGCGCUGCUGCCGCCCGCCGGCAACGGCCAGCAGAUGAACGGCAGCGUGAGGAACGGCAACGGCAACGGCAAGCCCGCCAAGAAGCGGGACAUCAAAGACAUCAAAGAGUGGUACGUGUAGAGCCCGUGUGGCUCCGCGAGUCUACGUGUGACCAUCUCUGCGAGCAGGGCCAGCGGUUCUUCGCGAAGCACUCCGAGCACACGUGGCUUCGAGCACGUUUUGCCGACGUUGUAAAGCAGUGUGUAGUGGGUGUACAGCCGACGUGUGAAUAAUAGAAUUUCAGCCACUUUUAACAUAAAGUAGAUGUUUCUAACAUGUCAACAACCACCUUGUUUUCGCGAAAAAUCACUGAUCCUAGGAAUUGUAUAUUCUAAUGGUAAGUGUCGACUCAUUUGAUUGCCGCCAACUGAAGAAAAAUAAGUGGCUGACUAAGAGAAUGACUGAACUAUCUGAAAUGGAAUGGAGUAAUAUUACAUUUGCUACUAUUUUCUUUUAUGGCUGGGAUAUUUUAAAUUUUGCUGUGUCUGCAUGUCUUUGGAAAGUGUUGGCAAGAAAAAAAAUAAGAAUAUUCCUGCAUGGAAAAAAAAUAGUGAAAUGUUUUUAAGUAUGUAGAUUUCCUAUCGUCAAAUAUGACUUGUGAAGAAGCAUCAAAAAUUUGUUGUUGAAUGGUAUGGAACUAAUAUACAUAUAUAUAUAUAUAUAUUUAUUAACGUUACAGUGUUUAAAGAAUAAAGACCUGGUGCACUCAAAUGAUCUGCAUAGGACUCCGAGCCAAACAAAUCAUAGACCUGGUAAUCAAAGUGUGAGCCAGAAAACUAGCAGGUACAUUUUAUUGAGGAAGUACAGUCAACUUGGCAAAAAAAAUGUAAAUGUGUGACAUAUUUGCGGUGGGUGUGUGUACAUAUCGUUGAUUUUGUUGUUUGUUAUGAAUCAUGUAGAAUGGAUUAAGUGAAUACUAGCCAGGGCUGCGGAAAUAACUAGUCACUGUUGCAUUUAACUUUACAACUGAAAAUUCAAAAGAAAUAUAUAUCAGUAGGUUUUAAAAUCAGCUGCCCUCAUUCAAAUUUUUCUUAACCAAUAUUUUGAUUUCAAAAACCAACAUUGUCAUUCAGAUUUAUUUGCGAGAGUAACCUCAUUGGAAAGUAGGUAUCAUUAAAAAACAACUUAUUUUAAAUAUAUGUGACCAAACAAUCUCACAAAUUGAUAUGCAAUUUGUUUGAUGAAAUCAGCUUUAAAUUAUGAUGUAGUGUUUUAUCAAACACAACAUUGGUAUAACAACAAACAUGUUAGUGACAGUAAUAAACAAGGCCUGUUAUUUUAAUUUUAUAGUAGUAGCUGAUGUCUGAUAUCGUGAAUGAAGAUUGUACUUAGAAAAAGAAUGCCUUGUUUGCAAAACUGAUACCCUCACAUUAAUUACAUAUCUUGAUAUCAGAGGUCUAGACUGAAGACAUUCACCAGUAAGGUCUUUUGACUUAAGUAAAAUAAUCAUUUUAAUCUGCAUUGCUCUGAUUGAUAUAGAACUAGCCAGAUGCCCUCAUAUGCAUUCAAGAAUAAAUGAUUUUUGGGGAAUAAUGUAAAUACUUCUGAAGAAAAAAAAAUUUACAUAAAUAUAUAUUAUUUUCACUUUCCCCCCCCCUCCAUUAGUAACAGCUAUGCAUUGACACAUGAAAUGUUGCAGUUUGUUAAUACUGCUGUAUUUUAGCUCAGUUAAACAAUUCAGUGGGAUGAGAUCUUCACAGUAUAUUUUUCACAUGCAGAAUUAAAUUGUAUUGUUAGUAGGAUUUUGCCUAAAAAAUUUGCUUUCAAAGGUGUCGUUAUUUCUCAAAUCCUGGAAGACCAAUAGACAGUAUUGCCAAAAAUUAUUCUUCACGACAAAUAUUUCCUAAUGUCAAGAUCUUUGCUUUCAAUAAUAAUUACUAUUGUAGGUUUUAGAAAAAUUUUUUUGAUACAUAUUACAGCUAAACUUCCUCGAAAUACUAUUUGUGUCAAACCUGUCUGAAUUUAAUUUCCAGUGACAGUUUUAGUGAGAAGUAUAGAUGCCAAACGAAUUCCAUAAAAUAUUUUAAUUCUUACAACUUAAUUUUUAUCUGUAGUGCAUUAACAGGUGGUUGUGUUAUCAAUGUAACCCUUCAUUACUUGCAAUCUUUUUAUUUAAUCUCUGGGUGUAUUAUUUCUCAUCUUGUUUUAAUCACUGCUAUUCCUGGAAAUAAAUUUUUGUGGAAGUAUGCAUUUGUGAUUGACGUCUCGCUUGAAUUUGGUACAUUGCGCAAUUACAUAGAUCUUAACCAAACUUUCAGGACCAGCAGUAUACAAUUUCAAAACUUAGCAUUUUACAUCACUGUUACACAUUUAAAAAGGAUUAACAUCAAAUUUUGAUUACAGAAGUUACAAAGUAUCAUAAACUAGGUAUUAGAAAUCCUACUGCUUUGAACAAGUAAUUGUGUUUAUAUACUGCCGCCCAUCUUGUUUAAAGGGUUUCUGUUGGAUAUUGUUGACUUUGUUUGUACAUAUCCGUUGGAUUCCCAAAAUUUUUCCCACUAAAUGUCGUGUACCGAGAGCUAAGAUGUAUCAUAACACAUACAGAAAAUUCCAGAGAUCCUGCUUGUGAAUCAGUGUGUUCAAUGCCUACAGCAACUAUUGAGGGUAGCUGCUAUUACAAAGGGAUUUCCCCUCCACCCCUGUAAACAUCCAGUUUGUUUGCCACUGGUUUUACAUUAUACUAUUUCCUUGUGUAAUUGAACAUUCAGGCAGUGAUUCAAGUACGACUUUUUUUUAUCUAGGGGUUAAUAUUUCUGAUGCAUUAAUUCAGAUCACGAAAACUUGUGUAAUAUUUGAAAAUUAAUGCAUGCAUAUACCAUGUUAGGAUUCAUAAAGUCUAGAUACCCUCUCCCUCCCAACUAAUUUUUUUGUUAUGUUCUUUUACCCGGCUGUCUUCAUAGAAUGUACAGUUUAUUACACCAGGAUAGCCAUAUGCAUUAAAAUCAAUAUUAUUUAUCUCAGUACUGCAUUUUAAAUUAUCACACUCUCUUUCGAAACUUUGUACUUGUAAAAUCAAGGAAUGAUUGAUUUAAUAAAAAAAAACACACGUUGGAAA